CUGUACAUCGAUAAGUCGAUCGAGGCUUAAAGUGUUUCUUACUGUCAGUUCGUCAGAGCUCAGAGCUUAUUACGUUAUUAGUUUAUGUUUGAUCGAAGUUGACGGUGUGUGGUAUUAGCGGGUAAUUAGUUUCAAUCUCACGUCACCAUAUUUUGUUGAUGGGUGACUACAGUUAUGGCAGAUGAGGAGAAGGUCCUCAGAUCUUUGAAAGCUACAAACAGUGCUUUUCUUAGGUUUAUUAACAGCACUGAACGCAAAGUUGAUGUUGUGUGGAUGAACUACCAGGGUCAACAUGUGAAGUUCAAAACCCUAUUACCAGGCACGUUCUUUGAUGCAAACACUUAUGAGUCACAUCCGUGGCUUUUCAUUGAUGCAGAUACUCGUGACAGACUAGUUGUAAAAUCAAAAGAUGUGUAUUUACCAGAACCAUGGUUCAAACAGUAUGAAAGGAUACCCAUUCCUAUAGCUGCAUUGCCCAUGAGGAUUGAAAGAACCAAAGUAUACAUUACAAUACCUGUCUUUCCUCUGCGACAGAGGGCUCUUCAGAUUGUAAGAGAUAUGCUUCAGAGGCCAGAAGAUGCUUUCAAGCUUGAAAUUCCAACAACACUGCAGAAGCAGCUGGCAAGAAUGGUUAGGGACUGUUCACAAACACGCUUGAAUUGCAACCCACCAUAAUAUUUAUAUAAGAUGCUAUGUUUUUUUAUAUGUUUUUGUGCAGUUUAAGUUAUCCUUCAGUUAGGUUGUAAUUUGCAUAGGAGCUAAUUGUCUGUGAUCGUUAGGGUACUGAUGAAGUUAGCCAAAAUGACAGCAAAUUAUAACAGCAGGGAUGAGGAGGGAGGUGCACAUAAUAUGUGGUGCUCUAUGUGCAAGUCAUAUGGACUUGUUUUCAUGGUAAAAAUAAAUAAUUUUUCUCUCUUAAGUGACUACUCCAGAUAAUGGAGUUAUACUUCCAAAUUUGCUAGCAAUAGUGAGAACAAAUAAUUUUUUCAACACAUUUUGAUGGAAGCAGCAGAAUAUAUUAUUGUUUUCUUUUUGAAUCUUUUUGUGCUUUCAUUAUUCAUCUGUAUAGAGAAAUGUUAAUCAAGAAGUUUGACAUUUGUAUUUGUUUAAUGUGCACACUUAAAGAAUGUAAGAUAAAGGAAGAUAAUGUGACUUUGUCAAGUUAA